CUUCGACGGAAGGAAACUGGACAUGCAGGCAGAAUGUCAGGAAGAUGGAGGCUCAGUAAGAGACCCAGGGCUGAGGCCGACGCUCACGCUCGCGUUCCUCCACUACUCCCUCUUAGCACGUCUCGCAAAGGUCUCUCAAAUGCUGUUUCCUGCUGGUAUUGUGAUUGUAAGAUCACCUCGUUCAACGAACCUAUUUUCCAUUUUGGACGAAGACAUGCCAGGGUUCUGAGAGCGUGGUUUUCGAUCGGGAUUGGUUUUUCUCUUGCUGCUCUUGCUGUUGUUACCACGGUUCUCUUUCUGGAACUUGCCAUAGCCAUGCAUAUUUUUGGCAAUAGCGAUGUGCCUCAUAGUCUUCCUAUUUCCUAUUCCUCAUUAUUUGGUCUUCCUCCGUUGAUUUCCAGCUGUAAUUUUGCCCCUGCUGAUGCUGGAUACAUAAUUAUCUCUUCCUUAAUAUCUGUAGCUUUUCAUGAAUUUGGUCAUGCUGCUGCUGUUGCAAGCGAGGGCAUAAAAUUGGAGUAUGUUGCUGUUUUUAUUGCACUCCUUUUCCCAGGUGCCUUGGUGGCUUUCAAUCAUGAUGUACUGCAGGAUUCAUCAUGCUUCAAUGCUCUGCGUAUCUACUGUGCUGGUAUUUGGCACAAUGCAGUUCUUUCUGCAGCUUCUGGAUUGAUGUUAUUCUGCCUGCCGCUGAUUCUGUUUCCUCUUUACUUACGUGGCGAAAGUCCCAUGGUUUUGGACGUUCCUUCUACUUCACCAUUGUCUGGUUAUUUAUCCCAUGGUCAUCUGAUUUUGUCAUUGGAUGGCAUGCACAUUCAAAAUGUGGAUGAUUGGGUCAAUCUAUCAGCUCAAAUAAGUGAAUCAACAUUUCAAAAUGGAACCCUCUCCAGACUUGGUGAAAACGACCGAAUGGCCAAUGGCAGAAAGGGAUACUGCGUUCCAAAUUUUAUGUUGAAAGAAAGCAAUAAAGUUCAGUUCUCACAUGAUCAGUCAACUUGUUUUGGCGACCUUACUUCUUUUACAUCUAUUCCUUGUGUUAGUUCUACCGUUUUAGUUGAUGGUGAUGUGGAUGAUAGCCAUUCUAACCGCAAAGAAGGCAUAUUUUGCUUGAAUGUCAAUGAUGUUAUUAAGCUUAAUAAAUGCAUUAGUGGAUGGGAUAAAGCCAUAAUCAAUGAUAGCACUAGCACCUGUAUGUGUUCACAGGAUGAAACUUGCUUAAGUCCAGUCCAAAUGCCUGGUUCGGUAUGGGUCGAGAUUACAUAUUUGAAUCCCCAUUCUUCAGACUGUUUCUAUUCCAGAGAAAAUCCACUCCCAAGUUUGAAUUGUAGUGGAACUUUCAUUUUUGUUGGUGACGUGGUUUCAAUGGCGCACUCUAUUCAGCUGACAAUGUACCGGCCAAGAUUGGAUUUUCAUUAUGCUAGAUAUCUUCCAGAUGUACUGGAAAGGAUCUUCUUGUGCUUAUUUCACGCCUCUCUUGCACUAGCUCUUCUCAACAGUUUGCCGGUAUAUUAUUUGGAUGGUGAAUCUAUUUUGGAGAUAAUUAUUUUCCAGCUCACCUCAAUGAGCCUGAGAAACAAGGAAAAAGUUCUUCGAGCUUUUCUGAUGGGAGGAACACUCAUGUCGAUCUUUUUACUGCUGAGGAUUUUCUUCCAUGUGUUCGUCAGCUGACGGACUUGCUCCUAUCCAAGUGGGAAUAAAGCUGCCGUAG